CCGUGGUGCGGGGCUUGUCCUCGCCCGGCGCGGGGCUGCGCCUUCCUCUCCCCUGCCCGCGCCGGGGGAAUUGCGGGUGACACGUGUGCGGCUCCAGCGAGCCCUUUAGUGCUCCGGAGCUGCCGCUUUUUAUACUGAAAGCGAUUUCCGAGUUUACUCGGGCUUCUGAUUUCUGGGGCGGUUCGUAGGAUUCCCUGACCGCCCCGGUCGCAGCGCAGGUCCUGCAUCUAAGCCUCUCUGAGCUCCUUCCAGACUCUCCUAAGCCAGAUCCCUGCCUCUUUGAGGAAGAAACUGAGGUGAGAAAGAAGUGACUGAAAAAGAACAAUUUGAAGGAAGAGAUUCAUUUCAUAACAAGAUCAAGCUUGAAUUAAAUGGCUGAUAAACAGAUCAGUUUACCUGCCAAGCUGAUCAAUGGAGGGAUAGCUGGGCUGAUCGGGGUCACGUGUGUAUUUCCUAUUGACCUGGCAAAAACUCGCCUGCAGAACCAGCAGAAUGGUCAACGGAUGUACACCAGCCUGUCUGACUGCCUCAUUAAAACAAUUCGGUCGGAAGGCUACUUUGGCAUGUACAGAGGGGCCGCAGUGAACUUGACUCUAGUGACACCAGAAAAGGCUAUCAAAUUGGCAGCCAAUGACUUCUUCCGGCAUCACCUCUCCAAAGACGGGAAAAAGCUGACGCUGCUGAGGGAGAUGCUGGCGGGCUGUGGCGCGGGUACCUGCCAGGUGAUCGUCACCACUCCCAUGGAGAUGCUCAAAAUCCAGCUGCAGGACGCAGGACGCAUUGCGGCACAGAAGAAGCUGAUGGCGGCACAGGCCCACAUCUCCUCCUCCCCCGCGGCGGCGGCGGCCGAGCCAGCGGUGGAAAGUCGCCCCACGGCCACCCAGAUAACCAGGGAGCUGCUGCGGAGCAAAGGCAUCGCCGGACUCUACAAGGGCCUGGGAGCCACGCUGCUAAGGGAUGUCCCAUUCUCCAUUGUUUACUUCCCGCUGUUUGCAAACCUGAACAAGCUGGGCCAGAAGGACCCCAAUGUCAAGGCUCCGUUCUACGUGUCCUUCCUCUCUGGAUGUGUGGCCGGCAGUACGGCUGCAGUGGCCGUCAAUCCUUGUGAUGUGAUCAAAACACGGCUGCAGUCCUUGCAGAGAGGAGUGAAUGAGGACACCUACUCGGGGAUCCUGGACUGCACCAAGAAGAUCUGGCAGAGGGAAGGGCCCACGGCCUUCUUCAAAGGGGCCUACUGCCGAGCCCUGGUCAUUGCCCCUCUCUUCGGCAUCGCGCAAGUCGUCUACUUCGUCGGCAUCGCGGAGUUCCUGCUGGACAUGCUCCCCAAGCACCGGGCCUAGCCCCGGCGUGGCUGCGUGUGCCCUCCCGCCCUCCGCAGCGCUGGAUUCAUCCCCGUGUUCGCCAUCCGUGUCGGUCGAUGUCAGAGCAACAGCACAAAGGGUUCGGCGGGGACGCGAAGGGACCUGGUGCCCAGAUGGGCACACGGGGGGAGGGAGGGAGCCCCUUCUCCGCUGCCGUCUGGAACCCGCCCCCUCCCGCUCCUUCCACGGACAAUACUUAAUUAUGCAUCUCCCUCUCUUUUUAAUUGCCCGUUUUUUGGUUUUAAAUUGUCAUUCUUAAGGACAUUGGUAAGCACAGUCUGGGCUUGCAGACCCAGAAGUCUCCUCUCAGUCUUGGGGAGGAGGAGGAAUGGGAAAGAAAUAAUUUCAACCCUCAUCCACCUCGGUUUCUCUUUCUUUCUGGAGCUGCCAGCUGUCCGAGGAGGAGCUGGAGGGGCAGCUGUGUCCCCCCUCAGCACCUCCUUGGUCUGCUGACCUCGGGUCAAGAGUGCAUGCUGCACAACGGGGGCUUAUCUCAUUGCUGCUGGAGGCACGGGUGGGGGAAUGCUGGGUCUGGCAAGUUCCUUGGCCUGGAAACCUUCAGUCCUCCCUUUUCCCUUUUUAAAAACUAGAUGGACUUCAAUGAAUUCUGAUUGUUCCUAUUGAUUUUGUAAUUAUUUUUGUUUUAAAGCAAAGGGAUGUCCCUCCUAACUAGGUGUCACAGGCACAUCUUGGUGAGGUGCAGAGAUAAGGUAUCUGCUCUGUAGGGAACAUGUGUGUGGGAUCACAUGAAUGUCCAAAGCUGCUUCCCUGCUUGGGUACAGGCGUGGAAGGGAGAGGAACUUGGGAUCAAGUUAUUUUUGUUUUGGGGUGUUUUUUGUUGGUUUUUUUGUGUCUUUUGGGGAGGUGGGGGGUGGGUUUUUGUUGUUAUGUUUUUGGGUUUUUUUCCUUAUUUCUUUCCUUUGUUCGUUUUUAUGGGGGGGUUGUUUUUGUUUUGUUUUUGUUUUGUUGUUUUGUUUUGUGGGGAUUUUCUUUAGUUCUAUUUUGGUUCUUUCUUUUGUUUGGGUUUUUUGUUUUUUUUUUUUUUAAUUCAAGGAGGGAAUUGUGGGGAGGGAAAACCAAACAAGAAGCCACUUAACAUUCCUUCAGCCUGCCCACCCCGGGGUGAUAAAGCUGUGGCUGCAGGUGUAGAUCAGCUGAUCUGAUUUUUUCCCAGCCUGACCCCAGGAAGGAAGCCCUGGCUCCAGUUCUGGUGCUGCCCAAACUCAUGGAGCCACAGUAGAAAUGCUGCCCCUGUGGGCCCACCCUGCCAGUGAGAACACAAGGUCUGGUUGUGUUCUGAUGUUUGCCUUGGGUGUGACUGGAGCCAGCGGGUGUGGAAGAGGCAGAGGAUUUGCAUUCUCUGAGCAAGGAGCUGUUUGUGUGUCCAUCACUUGAGGGGGUGAGUCCCCUGCAUCACAAGAACAUCCUGUUUGCUCCUGGGGUGCGGAUCUGUGGCAGGGGCAAAUCCACACCUACAGCCUGCUCUGUCAAAGGGACACUGCCCCAGCUGAUAUCACUUGUCAGAGGAAUUCCUCAUUCAGUACUCUCUUGGGCUGUGUAAUUAAUUCUAGUUAAAAUGAUCUUGAGUGUGAGAUCUCCCAACCCAGUGUGAUCUUCUCCGUUAUUUAUUCCAUAUGAUGCGAUCCACCCAACUUUGGUGUUGAAAUUAAACUGGUUGAAUUCACUUUUCAUUCCUUUUUUUUGCUUUAUUCUCCAGGCGCCUGCUUGGUGUUUGUGUUUUGAAUGUGUAUUUAAAUUAACUUUAAAAAUAUCCUUGUUUAUAACGUUUAAAAGAAAACGGCCUCUGUUUCACCAUUCUUUGGUUAGGUUUUCGUGAAACCUGUAUGUUGAGGGCCUUCUUCCUUGAUGAAUCCUUUUUCUCUUUGAAAAAACUGUUCUGUGGCUGAUUUGUUACUUGUCACUUUGCAUAUGUGAAUAAUUUUUGGGUUUUUUUCUUUAUUCUUAAUGAUUUCUCCGUGUAUCUGGGAAGGAAUCUGUGCAAAGGCAAUGAUAGAUGUCUGUGCUGUGUGUUGUGCUGCGAUGCUGCUCUUGCUCUGGAUUUCCCUUGGGUGGAUUAAAAGAAAAAGGUUUAUUUUAUUUUUUUCUUUAAGAUGCCCCAUUCCUU